CUAUAAAAAAGCAUUACCGAAGCUCAAAGAACGACUAAAUCAACUGUAUGAACAGAAUAUCUCAGAACAACUGUUCAAGUUUUCUGAACAAGUUAAGCAAAUGACCUUGACAGAUGAAACAGAGACAUCUCAACAAAAAACUGUUGCUGAUGUCACACAAAAAGAGACACCGAGAUCAGAGAUCAGAGAAGGUGAAAGGGAACGGUUCAUUGUUGUUGAAGAGACUGCCAUAAGUAAAGCGUUUGGUGCUGAUAAUAUAUUGAGAGACAGACAGGGCAGGAAGAGCAUUGCAAUCAGAGCUGAAGAUGAUGAAGUUCAGAGUCGGACACAUGGUUUAGAUGGAAACUCUCCUGGAAAUGAACUAAAAGAGCUAAAGGAUUUGACAGAGGAUGUGAAGAUCUCUGAACAAGAAACACGUGCUGAUGUCACACAAAAAGAGACACCGAGAUCAGAGAUCAGAGAAGGUGAAAGGGAACGGUUCAUUGUUGUUGAAGAGACUGCCAUAAGUAAAGCGUUUGGUGCUGAUAAUAUAUUGAGAGACAGACAGGGCAGGAAGAGCAUUGCAAUCAGAGCUGAAGAUGAUGAAGUUCAGAGUCAGACACAUGGUUUAGAUGGAAACUCUCCUGGAAAUGAACUAAAAGAGCUAAAGGAUUUGACAGAGGAUGUGAAGAUCUCUGAACAAGAAACACAAUCAACAGGAAAAGACCCGCCAACAGUCGUGUGCAGCAUCUGCAAGAGAGACGGCCACCUUAAAGACGAAUGUCCUGAAGACUUCAAGAAGAUCGAGCUGAAACCCCUGCCGCCCAUGACUGAGCGCUUCAGAGAAAUCCUGGACGGACUCUGCAUGCUGUGCUACCGUGAGUUGUCACCAUCUCUCGUCGAGCAGCAGAAGAGGGAGCAGAUUCUGGGCAGUCUGGAGCGCUUCAUCAGAAAAGAGUACAACGAUAAGGCCCAGCUCUGUCUGUUUGGCUCUUCUAAGAACGGCUUUGGCUUUCGUGACAGUGACCUGGACAUCUGUAUGACACUGGAGGGUCACGACACCUCUGAGAAACUCAACUGUAAGGAGAUCAUUGAGGGUUUAGCCAAGGUGCUGAAGAAACACACAGGUUUAAGGAAUAUUUUGCCUAUCACAACUGCUAAAGUGCCUAUAGUGAAGUUUGAACACAGGCAGAGCGGACUGGAGGGAGACAUCAGCCUCUACAACACACUGUCCAUUGUGUCCAGUCCAUUUGUGAUGUUUUUAUAA